CAUAUCAUGUGGGACACUCGUGCAUUGGAGGUCUUUCUGUUUUACCACUUUCAGGACUGCAGAUCCUUUGCAUUGCGCGAGUAUCCGAACAACCCUCCCUUUGGCGUGUAUCGCGAGAUUGGGGAUUUCAGGUUCGGCCAACUCUUGGAGUGUUUUGGUUUCAAUUGGUAUGCUGUAUCAGUGACUGAUUAUCCUGAGCAAAACUAUCCCCAUAUGAAGGCCAUCGUGGAAAAUGAGGUAAUUGGUGACAAUCGUCUGCUUCGUGGAGAAAUCAUGACGAUCACCGAUAUUAUGAGGGGUCGUCUAAGGUCCAAGACGCUGCGGCCGCACAUCGUUGCUCCGACGUUGGUGCUCUCGCUCAUGGGCCCCCGUCAUGCCCGUGUCCUAGAGGCCGAUUUUGAUGGAACGAUGCUUAAUGUCCGUGCUUCGAAGUUGUAUGAUUUCACGCGGAAGAACACAGAUGCUGUGCAGCUGCUGACGCGGUAUUGGCUGGGUGGGGCCUGCGGCCAGACCACGAUGAAAUCCUAAGUUGAUAUAUCUCAUUGUGGCGUUCAGGUUUGGCGUU